UCUCAAGGGAUGGAUUUAUCAAUUCAUCCUCGCAUUCCUCACGCCCUUGGAGACAAUGCGGCCACAUUCCUCUGCUCUUCCACAACAAACGCCAUCGCCCUUUCUCAAAGAUGCCUCUCUCCCGCUUCCAUCCACCAUCAUCAUGUCCAUGUCUGCUUUCUGCCUCGUGCGCUCUCGUCUCCCCGGAUUUUGACUGUUGGCGCUGCCAGAAGGCUACAACCUGUCAAUAUCGCCGCAUCCUUUCCCGGACGCAAGCGCGAGGAGAACAACAUCAUGUUGGCACUGACAUCUGUCGUUGCGAUUGCCGUUAGCUGCUCGGUGGUCUUUUUGGUUUCUGCAGUGGUGAUUACAAUUGUGUGGGUCAAGAUCCGCCAGGAAAGGGUGUCCCUCACGAUAGCUCGGCAUAGACAAGGCCGAUAUGCUCACGGCCUCCAAAGCUUUCCCGCUGAAACGUUGACAGAGCUAUCCCGUGAAGAAGGGACCGCUUUGAGGCAAUACGGCCAGUUGCCAUACGGGAAACCCAAUGAAUGGGGACUAUUGACUUCGAGAGAGAGCCUCAUUCUGCCAGUAGGGGAUAUCAAAACCCCGAUACCGCUGGUAGAGAAACCCCGUAGCUUCUCUCUUUCUUCUUCGAAGUCAAAAUCCAAACGACAAUCUAAAGCUUUACUCCUACCAAAGUACCCGAGUCCUCUAACGACGUUGACGGAAACUACUGAAAGCUCACCUUCGUCAAAGAUGUCCAUUUCCAAAGAUGAGAUGCCGAUUUCAGCGGUGGAUGGUGCUCUAGAGCUACCAACAGAAAUAACCCCCAGACAGACACCGGAGAGAGAAGACGAGCAGCCCCCUGCACCCCCUGCAGAUGCCACCAUUCGACCUUUCUCCGGUGUUUGGCCGUUAAUUCACCAGAGAGAACGAUCUGGGAGUCUCUUCCCUGUUCUGGAGGAUCACUAUGAAAGCUUUGGACCAGGAUCUGCCAGGGUUCGCGGAGGUAGCAUUGCGUCUCAAACCGCUGGUUCUAUGCCAGAACAACCAGUGCCUCCUCCUCCUUGUGCAUAUCCUCCGAAUCGUUUCCGUCUUUCGAAGAACGACUCCAUGCGGCUUUCAUCAUUGAGUCUCGAAACUGCAGAUAGUUCAAUUUUAGACGACAGUAGAAGAACGUCGACUAUCUUGGAGGGCAGUCUCACCUCGCCUGCCUUGCCACCUUGCCCUACCUUUGUUCCAUUCAGUGCGAAUGACGUCGGUAGGGAGUAUGACCGAAAAAACUUCUCGACAGCUAAUGCAGCACAAUCAGCCUUCACAUUCCCUUCUUCUCCACCCACAUUUGAAGGUCAAAGGCUGGAAUCGGAACGUGCCUCCCCUCGGCGCAGCUUAACUGCCCGAAGCCCUACACAUUCCAUGGAACGAAUAGGCCCGCCUCCGAGGAGGAGUGAGUCUUUAUACACUAAACAGACUAGAGGAAAUGCUUCGCCAUUACCGUAUCUCGAUUUGAACCGAAUCCCACCUUUGAAUACUGUUGGUCGUAACGCGGCCCUCCUACCUCAUUUCAGUCAGCUGCAGCGACAUUCCUUGCAUGGAAGCCCCCGUAGAGCAAACGACCCGUUCUACAGUGGAACAGCUACCUCGCAGAGCCUCACAAGCAAUUCGCAUGGUCCAGGAAGAAGGGCGAGCAGCUUCUUCUGGCAAGAAACCGCCUUGCAAACAUCAAAUAUCCAGUCUAAACCCCCUUUGACAUCAGCCCUAAAAGGCGGUAGUGGGCCACGAAAAGGACACAGGCGACAGAACUGUGUUCGGAUCUCUAUCCACCCUCCUAUAACAUUUGGCGGGCCUGCUUUCUCUCCAAUGGUUGAGGAGCCCGAGGAGCAAGACGAUCUCGACCCACGCAGGUCAGAAAUCUCUGACUUAUCAGCCUCUAAUAUCUCGCGCAACUCUAGUGUCUCUGCCAUGUCUAUGAGCCGGAGCAGUCUCCAGGAUUCUCAGAGAGAUCGCCCUUCCUCGCGAAUUGUCGAGGCUUCCAACGAGGGUCAGGCUGGUGCUUGCAGCAGUCCGGCGAAAAAGAGGAAGCAAAUGCAACCCGACACAACCAUGGGAAUGGAGAAGACUUUGCCCGAGAUCCUCACAUGCUUACCCACGACAGUCGAUGAAGGAACUCUCUCACACACACCCUCGCCAGCGAAAACCCCCACCGUGUGGAUGGUGCCAGAUUACGAUACGUCGCCCACUAGAAUCGAAAACUCGCCCCGUCGUUCCAUCGUGAUGGGACCUCGCAGCCAACCGGGAAAGCCCGCGCGAAACAACUGUCAAUCACUCAUUUCACGCGAAGAAGACAUGGAACCACUGCGUCGAUUAGAUCGCCCUCCACGCAACCCUAGUCUCAAGAACCCAUCCCCGAAGCCAGUAGAUACCCUACGCCGAGUAAAGAGCGAAGCUAGGGAUCCUCCGCCGCCACGAUACCAAGCCAGUAAGAAACGAGCCAGCCACUGCGAUAAAGCCUCGUCAACCAUCUGGUGCUCUCCCAAAGCCGCAGGCCCGCCCAACGGAGUCAUUGUGCCGAUCUGGGAGGACAAAAAUAUGAAACCUCCUGCCACCCGGCGAUCUACCGUCUCUCUUGCCUCGGGCCCUGCAGAAUUGCACGGCGACACGUCACCCCAGGCAAUUGAGCGUCCCAAGAGCCGCAACCAAGCCGAAAGGAUGUCGCGCAUGUCGAGCUACAAAAAGUCCCGACAGAGUGUCACCACGCCCACGCGGAAAACAGUCGGGUUGGGAAUCGGUGCCGCCACACCCGGCAGCCUGUAUGACGGAGACGGGUUCCUGAAGGAGUGA